AUGAGCUCCUCGACUUCACCAGGACCGCAGUCCAUGCAGCAACUCCUCCACGAACUCAAAACGAUUGGAGAUCCACGAAUCUCUGAGGUGACUCGCCGUGCGACAGCCCAGAUUCAUGCGGCUCGCGACCUCGGCCUCGAUCCGGAUACUCGGUUCUAUGGCCUCAUGCGGACGCAGGACCUGGAGUGGCUUCCCGUUUCCAUCGCAUCGAGUCUCGAUGAGAUGUCUUACGGAGUCGACAAGCUGGUGAGUGACAGGGCGCUGAAGACCCUUCUGGCAGCCAAGGCUGCCUUUGUCGAAUUUCGAGAAUCGCAGGGAUCCCAGUCAAUCGACGAGUGUCUGAAUUGGAUGGUGAGUCAGCCGGACUUCGAAACAGUCGACACCCGCAGGAAGCUUUCUGCUUUGCAUGGCAUGCGAGUCAUAUCCUCAGCGGUCGGACAUCCUGUCGUCAAGGCAGCCCUCGACCAUGCGGCGACCAAGUUUCAAGAGAAGUCUGCCAUGAUUGCCGAGCUCCGUACGGACCUCUCAGAACCCGGGAGAGACAUGAACAUCGCUCUUGAUCAAGCGCUCCAUUGCUUGUACACUGCGAGGCCGCUUCCGUUCGGAAUCCUCGCCACCGAGGUCGAAGCCGACAUCUCAAGCUUCCUGCGCGAUGGCACUCCGCUGUCGGGUGGUACGUUUGGAGACUGGCCUUUGAAGAAACUGGCGUACGAAGCUGCCAAGGACAUGCUCAGCAAAGAGGACCCGGGCGAGAACAGUUUUCCCAAGCGCCUCAGGUACUGUACGCCCAGCCUGCGGGCGGAUACCGCCUUCAUCGAAAGCCUCCUCAUCGACCGAGCGCUGGUUCUCGGAUCGCGUGGGGAGGUCGACAACGCGAAAGACCGCCAGGCUCUGACUGAAAGGUGGGCACGGGUACGGGAGGUCUACGCUCGUGUCGCCGAAGACGCAUACUCUUACAUGCCUGACGAAGCCCCGCAGAACCUCGACCAGAGAGACUCUGCACUUCUGACCUGUGUGUCCAACCUGUUCCCCGCUCAAGGAAAGAAUCUGGCCAAAGCCAUCCGCGCGCUGGGGCUGCAUGAUCACGUGGACACCGCCGUUGAAAAGCUCGAAGCACCUUUCUACCCGAAGGAGCUUUCGGACAAGAUUAUGACAAAGCUCAACUCUGACGAAUCUGCGAAGCUCAACUUCAAGGUCGACAGCAACCCUACAAGGCGAGACAUUUUCGUUGCGUGGGCAAAGAGACGCAAUGGAGAAGAGGCUCCUACCGGUGAAGGAACCCAUGCAGGAGAGAAACCACUCCACCAGCAAUCAGGGAGGGAGGAGCAAAAAUCGCAGGAUCAGGACAAGUCGGAGUGA